UUGCGCCACCACUCGUCUGCCGCCUAUAUAAUGUCCAGUUAUUUGGAUCGACAGUAUUCCCUGUUCACUACCGGCAGAAACAAACAAACCUAGCAAAAUGAUGAAGAUCAUCGUCGCCCUCUCCGCCCUUCUGGCUAUCGUCGCCGCCAAGCCUUCCCUGGUGAGCGCUCCCCUGGUCGCAGCUGCCCCCGCCGCCGUGGUCACCGCUUCCAGCUCUCAAUACUACCACCGCAUCAACAACGGCUUAGCUGCCUACGUCGCUGCCCCCGCUGCGUAUGUCGCAUCUCCCUACGUAGCUGCUUCUCCCUACGUAGCUGCUUCUCCUUACGUUGCUGCCGCCCCCUACGUGGCCGCAUCAGCCCCGAUUGUCGCCGUUUGAAUUCCGAACCUUGCGUAUUAAAAUGAUUCACACAGCAUAA